GGCUGGGAAAGUUUGGUGCAGCGGCCGCCGCCGUGCAGAGUGCGGAGCCCGGGCCGCCGCGAGCCCCGCGCGCGAGCGCGAGCAGGAGCCGGAGCGAGGAGCGGAGCGCGGAGCGAGGGCGCGAGGGAGGCCGAGCGGAGGGCGCGAGGCGCCGCGGCGCGAGGGGCGCGCGGCCACGAGGAAGUGUAGUUUCUUACAGGGCUGAAUUGAAACAACUUCAGCUGUUUGCUUUUAGGAUGUCUCGCCGCAAGCAAGCGAAACCGAGAUCCCUCAAAGACCCCAACUGUAAACUUGAAGACAAGACUGAAGAUGGAGAGGCAAUAGACGGUAAGAAGAGGCCGGAAGACGGAGAGGAGUUGGAAGACGAAGCUGUGCACAGCUGUGACAGCUGCCUCCAGGUGUUCGAAUCACUGAGCGAUAUCACAGAACAUAAGAUUAAUCAAUGUCAGCUGACAGAUGGAGUGGAUGUUGAAGAUGAUCCCACUUGCUCUUGGCCAGCUUCCUCACCAUCCAGCAAGGACCAGACUUCCCCUAGCCAUGGAGAAGGGUGUGAUUUUGGAGAGGAAGAAGGCGGCCCUGGACUCCCAUAUCCAUGCCAAUUCUGUGACAAGUCGUUUAGCCGCCUCAGCUACCUAAAGCACCAUGAGCAGAGUCACAGUGACAAACUGCCUUUCAAAUGCACCUAUUGCAGUAGGCUGUUCAAACACAAGCGGAGCCGAGAUCGCCAUAUCAAACUCCACACAGGGGACAAGAAGUACCACUGCAGUGAAUGUGAUGCUGCGUUCUCCAGAAGUGAUCACUUGAAGAUCCACUUAAAGACUCACACGUCCAACAAGCCAUAUAAAUGUGCCAUUUGUCGCCGUGGCUUCCUGUCCUCUAGUUCCUUACAUGGACACAUGCAGGUUCACGAGAGGAACAAGGACGGUUCCCAGUCCGGUUCCAGGAUGGAGGACUGGAAGAUGAAGGACACUCAGAAGUGCAGUCAGUGCGAGGAAGGCUUUGACUUCCCGGAAGACCUCCAGAAGCAUAUUGCCGAGUGCCACCCUGAAUGCUCCCCAAAUGAGGACCGAGCAGCCCUCCAGUGUGUCUACUGCCACGAGCUCUUUGUAGAGGAGACCUCCCUCAUGAACCACAUGGAGCAGAUGCACGGCGGGGAGAAGAAGAACUCUUGCAGCAUUUGUUCUGAGAGUUUCCACACAGUUGAGGAACUGUACAGCCACAUGGAUAGUCACCAGCAACCCGAGUCCUGCAAUCACAGCAACAGCCCUUCCCUGGUCACGGUGGGCUACACCUCUGUGUCCAGCACGACUCCAGAUUCCAACCUCUCAGUGGACAGCUCAACCAUGGUGGAAGCUGCCCCGCCAAUCCCAAAGAGUCGAGGGAGAAAGAGGGCUGCCCAGCAGACCCCUGACAUGACUGUGCCCUCGAGUAAACAAGCAAAAGUUACCUACAGCUGUAUUUACUGCAACAAGCAGUUAUUUUCAAGUCUGGCAGUUCUGCAGAUUCAUCUGAAAACUAUGCAUUUAGAUAAGCCCGAACAGGCCCAUAUUUGUCAGUAUUGCUUGGAGGUAUUGCCCUCACUCUAUAACCUAAAUGAACAUCUUAAGCAAGUGCAUGAAGCUCAGGACCCAGGUCUGAUUGUUUCUGCCAUGCCCGCCAUAGUCUACCAGUGUAACUUCUGCUCUGAAGUUGUCAACGACCUCAACACUCUUCAGGAACACAUCCGAUGUUCUCACGGAUUUGCAAACCCUGCAGCUAAGGACAGCAACGCGUUCUUUUGCCCCCAUUGCUACAUGGGGUUUCUCACUGACUCUUCCCUUGAAGAGCAUAUAAGACAGGUCCAUUGCGACCUCAGUGGCUCCCGAUUUGGGUCUCCAGUGCUUGGGACUCCAAAAGAACCAGUAGUAGAAGUGUAUUCUUGUUCCUAUUGUACGAAUUCUCCAAUAUUCAACAGCGUUCUUAAACUGAACAAGCAUAUCAAAGAGAAUCAUAAAAACAUUCCCUUGGCCCUGAAUUAUAUUCAUAAUGGGAAAAAAUCCAGGGCCUUGAGCCCCCUCUCUCCUGUGGCCAUAGAGCAGACAUCUCUUAAGAUGAUGCAGGCAGUGGGAGGUGCGCCUGCACGUCCGGCUGGAGAAUAUAUCUGUAAUCAGUGUGGUGCUAAGUACACAUCCCUAGACAGCUUUCAGACUCACCUAAAAACUCAUCUGGACACUGUGCUUCCGAAAUUGACCUGUCCUCAGUGCAACAAGGAAUUCCCCAACCAAGAAUCCUUGCUGAAGCACGUUACCAUUCAUUUUAUGAUCACCUCAACGUAUUAUAUCUGCGAGAGUUGUGAUAAGCAGUUCACAUCAGUGGAUGACCUUCAGAAACACCUGCUGGACAUGCACACCUUUGUCUUCUUCCGCUGCACCCUCUGCCAAGAAGUUUUUGACUCAAAAGUCUCCAUUCAACUUCACUUGGCUGUAAAACACAGUAACGAAAAGAAAGUCUACAGGUGCACGUCUUGCAACUGGGACUUCCGCAAUGAGACCGACUUGCAGCUCCACGUGAAACACAAUCACCUGGAAAAUCAAGGGAAAGUGCACAAGUGCAUUUUCUGUGGCGAGUCCUUUGGCACUGAGGUGGAGCUUCAGUGCCACAUCACCACUCACAGUAAGAAGUACAACUGUAAGUUCUGCAGCAAAGCCUUCCAUGCCAUCAUUUUGCUGGAGAAACACUUGCGGGAAAAGCAUUGUGUGUUUGAAACCAAGACUCCCAACUGUGGAGCAAAUGGGGCUUCUGAACAAGUGCAGAAGGAGGAAGUGGAGCUGCAGACCUUGCUGACCAACAGCCAAGAGUCCCACAACAGUCAUGACGGGAGCGAAGAAGAUGUGGACACCUCGGAGCCUAUGUAUGGGUGUGACAUUUGUGGGGCAGCCUACACGAUGGAAACUCUGCUGCAGAACCACCAGCUCCGAGACCACAACAUCAGACCUGGAGAAAGUGCCAUCGUGAAGAAGAAAGCCGAGCUCAUUAAAGGGAAUUACAAGUGUAACGUGUGCUCUCGAACCUUCUUCUCGGAAAAUGGCCUACGUGAACACAUGCAGACCCACCUAGGCCCUGUCAAACACUACAUGUGCCCUAUUUGUGGAGAGCGGUUUCCCUCCCUCUUAACUCUUACCGAACACAAAGUCACCCACAGUAAGAGUCUCGAUACUGGAAACUGCCGGAUUUGCAAGAUGCCUCUGCAGAGUGAAGAGGAGUUUUUAGAGCAUUGCCAAAUGCAUCCUGACUUGAGGAAUUCCCUCACAGGAUUUCGCUGCGUGGUCUGCAUGCAGACAGUGACCUCCACCUUAGAACUCAAAAUCCAUGGGACAUUCCACAUGCAAAAGACAGGGAAUGGGUCUGCGGUUCAGACCACAGGGCGUGGCCAGCAUGUCCAAAAACUGUACAAGUGCGCAUCUUGCCUCAAAGAAUUCCGUUCCAAGCAAGAUCUGGUGAAACUUGAUAUCAACGGCCUGCCAUAUGGUCUAUGUGCUGGCUGUGUGAAUCUCAGUAAGAGCGGCAGCCCAGGCAUCAACAUCCCUCCCGGCACGAAUAGACCAGGCUUGGGCCAGAAUGAAAAUCUGAGUGCCCUUGAGGGAAAAGGCAAGGCAGGGGGACUGAAGACUCGCUGCUCUAGCUGCAACGUUAAGUUUGAGUCUGAAAGUGAACUCCAGAACCACAUCCAAACGGUCCACCGAGAGCUCGUGCCGGAUAGCAAUAGCACACAGUUGAAAACUCCGCAAGUAUCGCCAAUGCCCAGAAUCAGUCCCUCCCAGUCGGAUGAGAAGAAGACCUAUCAGUGCAUCAAGUGUCAGAUGGUUUUCUACAAUGAAUGGGAUAUUCAGGUUCAUGUUGCAAAUCACAUGAUUGAUGAAGGACUGAACCAUGAAUGCAAACUCUGCAGCCAGACCUUCGACUCCCCUGCCAAACUCCAGUGCCACCUGAUAGAGCACAGCUUUGAAGGGAUGGGUGGCACCUUCAAGUGUCCCGUCUGUUUUACAGUGUUUGUUCAAGCAAACAAGUUGCAGCAGCAUAUUUUCUCUGCCCAUGGACAAGAAGACAAGAUCUACGACUGCACACAAUGUCCACAGAAGUUUUUCUUCCAAACAGAGCUGCAGAAUCAUACGAUGACCCAACACAGCAGUUAGUGCAAGAACGAUCUCUCAAGGAGAAUUACUCUUGUGGCACAAAAAGGGAACAUGUUUUACUCUUUGCACGAAACUUUCAUUGUUAAUGUAUAUUAUUCAGAAACAUUGUAUUGUACCAUAAAACUUGUAUUAUCGAAACUGUUGGAUGUUCGUGUGUUUGAACUUUGGAGCACCGGAUAGACUCCUUGUAUAUAAAGUGUUGCACAUGUAUGAUGUCGUCUGAUACUAAAGUGGUCUUAUAAAGACACGUGGACUUGGGCCCUAUUCAGGCAAGACAAAAAACAAUGUGAGCAAAAUGGCUUAAGGGAAAAUAUUUUCAAGGAAGACAGAUUAAAACAACUCUGUUACACAUGAGACGAUGUUUGGACUUCCUUUUAUUUACACUUAAGCCUAGAGUUUCUCUUUUGGUAUAUCAAUGGUUAAAUCCAAGACUAUUUUUAUUGCUGAAGAUUCUUGCCAACCAGGAAGAGAUGUUCUCACAGAACAGAACCCCACAGCUGGAUAAGGCCCGUAUAUAUAUUUGUAAGCCUUGCGGUGUGACAGGUAGCAUCACUAUAUAUGCAAUAGUUGUUAUGUAGACUGUCAAAGAAUUUUUUUUUUCCUGGAUACAUUUGAAGCUUUGAGUGUUCAAGGUUUUCUUUAAUGAUUUCACACAGCCAAAUUCUUGAAUCAGUUGAACUAACCUGUAUGUUACUGUUAUUAAUGUUUACUCUGCGGUCUGAACCUGGAGAUUACUGGAAUUGUUUUCCAAGAGGAAAUAAAUUCA